ACGUAAAGGACAGCUUAUAUUUGGCUGGCUGGUUUGCUGGUUGUACGCACAAUUAAUUAAAGUGGUAGACAUUUAAGAAAGAUGCUUAUGUUUUUUUGAAGUCUAACCACGAGGUUCUACUGGAAAUUUGUGUGUUUGAUUUUGGAUUUGUUUUUAUCUCGUAACUUUUCCUUUUGUAAGAAAACUAGCAGAAUCUAUUCAAGAUGUCGUACAUGUUGCCUCAUCUCCACAAUGGCUGGCAGGUGGACCAGGCCAUUCUGUCAGAAGAAGAUAGAGUUCUGGUGAUUAGAUUUGGCCAUGACUGGGAUCCCACCUGUAUGAAAAUGGAUGAAGUAUUGUACAGUAUUGCUGAAAAAGUGAAAAAUUUUGCAGUAAUGUAUCUUGUGGAUAUCACAGAGGUGCCAGACUUUAACAAGAUGUAUGAAUUGUAUGACCCUUGCACUGUGAUGUUUUUUUUCAGGAACAAACAUAUCAUGAUAGAUUUGGGCACUGGUAACAACAACAAAAUCAACUGGACAAUGGAAGACAAUCAUGAGAUGAUAGACAUUGUAGAGACAGUUUAUAGAGGGGCACGUAAAGGACGAGGUCUGGUGGUGUCUCCGAAGGACUACUCUACCAAAUACAGAUACUGAUUCCAAUGGGUCCUUGUCAGAGUUCCAGCUUUUUUCAACAUUGAUGUCACAUUUAGCUGGACAGAAAAAAAUAAUAUUUUAAACUGAAUGUUAAGAUUUUCCAAUGUUUGUUUUUAAUACAAUAAAGUACUGGGCUUAAUUCUA